UUAAUAAAACUCGAUAAAUGGUAUGAAAAUUCGGGUUUUCACAGUUUUUCCGACGAUUGAACGGGAAAUAAUCAAUUAAAUCGGUGGUUUUUCCGUGAAAAUGCGUCCCAUGUGGAUUCAAAGUGAGUGGGACUAAGUUUUUUUGAGGUUUUUCAGUGAGUGCUUUGCCGGAUUUUUUUUUUUCGGUUAGAGAUGGCGUAACAACACAAUCCAAGAUGGCGGCGGUCUCCUCCGUUCAUUUACAAGACCAGAUAAAAAUCCAGGACCAAAGCGACGACGAGCAAGACCCAUACUCUCCAAACACCAGAGACACCAUUACCCCUGACUUCAACGAAGAAGACAAACAGAUAGAAAGACCUAUACACACAUCCUCUUUCUCCAUACACAAUGUCUUAAAGAAAGAAAGGGAUAACAAUAGUCCUGAGAAUGUCUUUUCCACAGAUAAGCUAUUACAAAGUACACCAAAUUUCGAAGAUUCUAGACAUUCAGAAAGCGUCAGUCCAAGAUUAGAAGAUGAUAACGAAAGGGCUGAGAUAAGUAUAGAUGACAAUUCCUGUUGUAGCGAUGAUACAGUCCUUUCAGUUGGAAAUGAAGCCCCUAUACAUUACCCAAAUGAUAAAGACUUAAACAAUCAAGGGAUAACAUCAUUCAAACACAUACAAACACAUCUAAACGCUAUAUCCCAACUAAGUCAAAACCUAAAUAUAAACCAACCAAUUUUACUAAGACCGAAUCCUAUCACACCGAAUCCUUUAAUGUUCUUAAACCAACCUUUGCUAUUCCAAAAUCCUUUAAUAAACCAAGUAGAUUUAAAAUCAGGCCUACCCAGAAUUGGUUUGCCCCAAAACAAUUUAAAUGUUAACCAAAAUUACAUGAAUUAUACCCGAAAAAAUGAUUUAAACGAAAGGUAUUCACCGAAAUUAAAUGAAAAUGAGUCGAGCAGAGAUUUUAUAAAUCAGGGAUGUCUGAAAUUUAGUAUUGAUAAUAUUUUGAAAGCGGAUUUUGGUAGGAGAAUCACAGAUCCUUUGACGAAGAGAAAAACGUUGAAGGCUAGACAAUAUGAGGUCAAAGCUACCCCUGUGAAAGAGGUCCAAGCCCCGCCUAAAGAGGUAGAGACUAGAGUGCCAGAGGUAAAAGGUGAUAAAGGGGCUAUAGAUUUGUCGAAAGGGGAUGAUAGCUGUAGUAAUGCUUCGUCCACACCCGGUACAACAAGCGACGGGCCGAUGGUUUGGCCGGCGUGGGUCUACUGUACGAGGUACAGUGACCGGCCCAGUUCCGGACGAAGUCCGCGCACCAGAAGACCCAAGAAACCCCCCGGGGAAGGCACUCAAACGGACGAAAAACGACCAAGAACUGCAUUUUCUGGACCUCAGCUUGCUAGACUAAAGCAUGAGUUCGCCGAAAACCGCUACCUCACAGAAAGAAGACGUCAGGCCCUCGCAGCAGAACUUGGACUCGCGGAGGCCCAAAUCAAGAUCUGGUUCCAGAACAAGCGCGCCAAGAUCAAGAAGGCCUCAGGCCAACGCAACCCACUGGCCUUACAGCUCAUGGCACAGGGGCUGUACAACCAUAGUACUAUACCAUUGACAAAAGAAGAAGAAGAAUUAGAGAUGAAGGCAAGGGAAAGAGAACAGAGUAGACAAUGAGAUUAUUGAUUGUAAUGGAUGGUUUAAGUUAUGCUUAUAGCAAAAAUUUGAAGGUUUGACUAAUAGACGAAAAAGAUGAAACUUUUAAUGAUAAAGAAAAUGUCAAUGAAAGAACAUACACAAAGUCAUAACCUAGAAAUUAUUGACAAAUACAUGAAGAAAAAUUAGGAGUGAAAUAAAUAGAGAAAAGUAAGAAGCAUAAAAUAACUGACAGAAAGAUAAAAAAUGAAAUGAAAAAGCAAAUAAAUAAAAGAUAAGGUGUUAAGAAUGAUAAUGAAAAGGACAGAUUUUGAGAUUUGGCUGCUGAUUUUAGUAUUAUGAAGACGAUCUCAAACUCAGAGCAAUAAGGUUAAUUAGCUAACAGACAUCAUUCAGCACCUAUUAGAAGAAUAGAUGGAAUGGCAUUGUAAUCUCAUUAUAGGAUAUGACGAAUGAAAUAAAAGAAAAUGAUUUAAUUGAAGUGUAGAUUAAAAUUUAGUUUGAAAAUUGAGUUAGAAAGCAAAAGGGAUUGAUAGUGAAAUUUAAUGCAAUCUAGUAGUGAAGGUGAUGAAAUCUGUAUGCCCAAGAGUUGUGCGUAAUGUUUUCAAACAUCUGUGAAGUCUGCUAUUCCGCAUUUGGUCAGUGCGGUGGACUGUUGUUAUUAAAUCGUUUUCAUUCUGAGACGAAGCCAGUGCUCAGUAGUGGCCCAACGAUGGAUUGAGAUAAUGGUGAUGAUGAAAGGAACUUGAAUAUAAGGCUCUCUAUUUAGUGAAGAAGUGCAAACAAAGUAAAUAAGAUAAUAGACUUUUUGAACGAAGAAAGUGUAAAAAGUAAACGUUUUAGUGUAAAUUAGUUAUCAGUGAAGUUCUAAUAUAUAGUCAAAUUUAAAAAAAUAUAUAUUUUGGUUGAGUAUCCAUUUAUAUUAGAAUAACAA